CAUUAAAAAUAUCGAGAAAAAAACAAAUGAGAUAAAAGAAAACAAAACUAUUUAUACUCCCAAUGUUCACCACUUUCUUAUCACUCUUCCCCAGUUCCCCUUCUCUUUCUACAAUGGAAGGGAAACUCAUGGCCAUCCCCUUUCUCUUCACCAUUUUCUUCACCCUUCACCUUACUGUUACAACUAGUGAUUCUCCUCAAUACCAAACACUUACCAUACAACCUCUCCCUCAACUACCUCAAUCCCUCUCAUGGCUUACCGCCAAUGAACUCGAACAACAACAAUCUACUCCCUCAAACACCCUAACUGUACAACUACAACAUGUCGACUUACUCUCCUCUUCUUCCUUCAACGCUACUCCAAAUGCAUUAUUCAAACUCCGUCUCCAACGUGAUGCCCUUAGAGUAAAAUCCCUUUCCCUUCUCGCUGCCCUUUCCGCUGCUCCUGCUAAGGAUUUUAGUAGCUCCAUUAUCUCGGGUCUUGCUCAAGGUAGCGGUGAGUACUUUACUCGUAUUGGCAUUGGCACUCCUCCUAAGUACCUUUACUUAGUUCUUGACACUGGAAGUGACAUACUCUGGAUACAAUGUUUGCCUUGUGCAAAAUGUUACUCUCAGUCUGAUCCAGUUUUCGACCCGAGUAAGUCGUCUACCUUUGCUACGCUAUCAUGUGAUUCAGCAUUAUGUCGUCAGCUUGAUUCCCCGGGCUGUAAUAACCACAACAAGUGCCUCUACCAAGUCUCCUACGGUGAUGGUUCAUUCACCAUUGGAGAAUUCUCUACAGAAACCUUAAAAUUCAGGAAAACGAGCAUUAACAGUGUUGCUUUCGGCUGUGGCCAUGAUAAUGAAGGUUUAUUCACUGGAGCCGCCGGUUUAUUAGGUCUCGGCAAAGGUAAACUCUCAUUUCCGGGUCAAGUCGGUAAAAGGUUCGGCCAGAAAUUCUCCUACUGUCUCGUGGACCGGACCGGUUCAGCUAAACCAUCGUACAUAGUCUUCGGCGAAUCAGCGAUUACCCGAAACGCCAUUUUUACGCCUCUCCUCACAAACCCAAAACUCUCCACAUUUUACUACGUGGAGCUCAUUGGAAUCAGCGUCGGCGGUACGAAAGUUCCGGUGAUUACGCCGGAACUAUUCAAGCUCGACGCUGAAGGUAACGGUGGGGUGAUCGUAGAUUCGGGUACCUCAGUGACCCGGUUGACCCAACCCGGUUACGUAGCGGUUCGUGAUGCUUUCAGAUCAGGUACUAAAGAUUUGAUAAGAGCUCCGGAUUUCUCUUUGUUCGACACAUGCUUUGAUUUAUCUGGAAAGGCGAAGGUGAAAGUUCCGACGGUGGUUUUACACUUCGCCGGAGCUGACGUGGCAUUGCCGGCGGCGAAUUACAUGAUUCCGGUGAACGUUGAAGGGGGAUACUGCUUUGGAUUUGCGGGUGCAAAUAACGGGUUGUCAAUUAUUGGGAAUAUUCAGCAACAGGGUUUUCGGGUCGUGUUUGAUCUUGUGGGUAAUCGGUUAGGGUUUGUACCUCGUGGAUGUUCUUAUUAAAAGAAAUAACGGAUGUACUGUAGGUGCGAAAAUGGCUGGAGUACUUAUUAAUUAAAUGAAAAUAUAUUAGUAUAUGUUUACUGUUAAGUAUUUUCUUAUGAAAUCUGAAAAGGUCGAGAUGGGAUAUAACUUUGCAGAAAAAGAGGAACAUCAUCACGUCUUUCGUUUUGUAUUAUGUGCUAAUGAUGGUGUUAUUUUGCUAAUUCUGUUUUUUUAAUGAUCAUU